AUGCAGAAAUUUAAAGGUGAAAAAAGUACUGAUAAACGAGAGGAGGCAAUAAACGAUUUCUACAAGGCAUCUGUAGGAACAAGAAAGACAAUGUCUACUACUAACGAACCUGUGAGCUUCACGAAUACGUCAGGUCAGAAAGAUUUGGUGGAUAUUGAAGCGAUCGUUUUGAAUUGGGCGAAGCAAAUUUUCGAAAUUACGAAGACACGCGAUGAGGCACGUAUCAGCAAAAAACACUUACAGGUGACUCAUUCCAAUACUUAUCACCAACGAAAGCGUAUUCAGAUUGAGUGA